CUUCUCAACCCUUAGACUUCAUCUGCGACAACCCCUCAGCCAUCUUUUAUUAUCUUAUUUGACACAUCUCUGAAGCAUUUCGAACAACUUUUUCACCAUGUCUGAACCCAUUAGGAAUAAGAAAGCGGAUUUCCCAGUCGCUCCGACCCCUCAAAACACCCCAGCUAAUAACGCCCCUAUUUCUUCCCAUGCCCAGCAGCCUGGGGUUUCCAGUAUCAAAGAAGAAUCCCUUGAUCAUGCUACGGCUGCCUCUUUAUUUGCGAGGAAUCCCGGGCUUGUAUCCAUGAUUCAAGGGAAAUUGGGAUCGCUUGUUGGUCGCUCCUCGGGUUAUAUUGAAUCUCUUCCCGCACCUGUCCGCCGACGUGUCGCUGGACUCAAAGGCAUCCAGAAGGAGCAUGCUAAAUUGGAAGCUCAGUUCCAAGAAGAGGUAUUGGAACUCGAAAAGAAAUAUUUUGCAAAGUUUACCCCUCUUUAUCAACGGCGUGCCACAAUUGUCAAUGGAGCUGCUGAACCAACUGACGGUGAAGUCGAUGCGGGCAAGGAUGAAGAAGAAGAUGUGGAUGCUAAGAGCGAGGAUGAGUCUAAGAAGAUUGAGGACAAGCAACCAUCAACAGCUGGGAUACCCGAGUUCUGGCUUUCUGCUAUGAAAAAUCAAAUUUCUUUGGCAGAGAUGGUCACUGAACGAGAUGAAGAGGCUCUUAGGAAUCUCACCGAUAUCCGCAUGGAGUACCUUGAUCGUCCGGGUUUCCGCCUGAUUUUUGAAUUCUCCGAGAACGACUUCUUCUCAAACAAAACUAUCUCUAAAACGUACUAUUACAAGGAAGAGAAUGGGUAUGGUGGGGAUUUCAUCUAUGACCAUGCCGAAGGCACCAAAAUCGACUGGAAAGACGACAAAGAUCUUACUGUCCGCGUGGAGAGUAAAAAGCAGAGAAACAAAAACACGAAGCAAACUCGUGUUGUCAAGAUAACCGUACCUACGGAGUCUUUCUUUAAUUUCUUUUCCCCUCCACAGCCCCCGACAGAUGACGAUGAUACUGUUGCCACCGACAUCGAAGAGCGUCUUGAACUUGACUACCAGCUUGGAGAGGAUAUCAAAGAGAAGCUCAUUCCUCGCGCAAUCGAUUGGUUCACUGGGGAGGCUCUUCAGUUCGAGGAACUGGGCGAUGAUAUGGAUCCAGACGAGUUUGAAGACGAGGACGAGGACGAGGACGAGGACGUGGACGACGAAGAUGAAGAUGACAGGAAGUCCGAUGGCGAUGUUGAUGAUGACUCCGAUGAAGAGGACGGUACUUCAAAGCCCAAGAAGGAGGCCGCUGAGUGUAAACAAAGCUGAGCAGCGGGCUAGCCCACUUGCAUGUAAAUCACAAGCUUGUAUGGUGCUUUAAACUUUUCUUCACAUCAGUUUAGUACCUUCUCUUUUUUUUUUCUCUUAGGCUGCUUCUUUCUAAUAAUGCGUGUCUCCCGACUCAUUCAAUAACCCUUCACUGUAUCUACAGUAGGACAGGUAUGUAUAAUUUAUGCAUACUCUGCUAUUACUAGUUUGAUGGGGCAUGCAGUUGUUGAUAAAGCUUGAUGGAUGGCAUCGGCGAGGUAGCUUGGUCCCUAUUUUCUUUUCAUUAUCCUCCAUUUUCCUCUUUUUCUUAAUUCUGUUUUCUGUCUUCUACCCAUACAAAAUGUUGGUGGCGCGAGGAGUACGCUUUUUGUUCAAUUAUCUACAAUUGUUCUUAAACGAUCUGUCUAUGCCUCUGAGGAUAUAAAUUGGUGGUAAAAGGAAUAUUAAUCAUAAAUCUUCGGUCGCACAUUCUCAUGCUUGGUUAUCGGUUCCCUGAAAUCGUCGAGCUUUUUCUAUGUAAAGCGAUGAGUGUCUUCUCACCGCUUAUUUAGAAUGGCUGGUUUCCUUUUCCCACGUAGUCGAACUCCACUCAUGAAGCCCUAAGUCAAUUAGUACCUAAUGCACAAUUGGUUUCUUACGAGUUUGUUGUUUGAGGCGUAGGCGAAUAGUGAAGUAGAAGGAAAGAUUGCAGUAGGUGGGUGGAAGGUAUGUUAUUUGUAUGUAGUGUACGCAUGGUUAUCU